AAGAAGGGUACAGACGGCCGUUUGGCCAGUGCUCAGACAGCUAUGAUGUUGCAGGAGGAGGCUAUCCGAAGAAAUGAGCGUGAGCGCAAACAAAUGGGUGAGAAAAUCAGUCAAUUGGAACGUCAAGUUGCUGCAUUAGAGUCAGAGAGGCGAUUAGAACAGGAAAAUUUCUCAAAGGUGAGACAGAGUGAAUCUCGUCUAGAAGAAGAGCGCAAACUUAGCCGAAGAGCUCUAGAUGACGCUGAAAAUCGAAUCACUCAACUUGAAUUAAAUCGGCGUAGCCUAGAAGGCGAACUACAACGCAUGAAAAUGUGUUUAACGGACAGGGAGUCGGAGUGCCAGGCUUUGGAAGAACGGAACGAUAGUCUUGGAAAACAGAUCCAGGUAGGUAGACUGUGUUAUGAAGCCGACCAAAUGGCCUUUGAUUGUAAUACAGCUGGAGAUUAUUGA